AUGACUUUAGGUCAAUCGUCUUCCAACCCUAAUUCACCUCAAAAGUCGCCGGAUUCGAGUGCUUUUCAGUGGCCUCCAGUAGCAGCUCCAUCUUCUUCCAGCAGUGAUAUAUCAGUCAAGGAAAUCAUUGACAAAUACCAUCCUAACAACAACGAAUUGCUCAAACAUGCUCUGAUUGCUAAAUCUGAAGAGGACAAGAGAUUAACGGCUCAGGACGUUUUGAAAACGGAACAAGCAAGACUCUAUCUACGUCAAAUGGAUAUUGAAUUGAUCAAGGAGCAAUCCAAAUUGGCUGCUAGACAACUGCCAUUGCACCCUGUCUACGCUUCUCCACAACAACAACAGCAACAACAACAGCAACAGCCUUAUGCUUAUUAUGGUCUUGCUCCUGUGCAACAACAGGUAUUGGCGCGUAUCACCGGUGGUUCAUCAGCAACACCAUCAAAACAUCACCACCAACCACCUCACACUAGUAUACCACAUUCUCAGCAACAACAGCAACAACAGCAACAACCCUAUUAUCAACAGCCAUCUUCAAAGGAAUACGGUUACUACAAUCAGCCUCCACCGUCUCCUGGUGUGUAUCCCCAUUCUGCUCAUCCGCUUUGUCCUCCUGAUAAUAGAUUAAACCCUUCUGUUCUUCCAGCACCACGUCAUUAUCAAUCUCAAUCUCACCUUUUACCUACACCUUCCUCUCAACAGCCUACGACGCCCAUCUCGCCUGGUGGAGGAGGUAAUACAAAUGACGAUUUCAAAUCAAGAAAAAGAAGCCAUGCUUCCAUUUUGCAUGAGGAGGACAAGCUAUCUCAUAAUAAAGUGAUGGAAGCCUUGAAAGCAAAGAUACAAAGAGGAAGUGGCUCACCACUCGCCACGACGGCUCCUAGCUCGGCUUUUCGUCCACAUGGAGACAAGAGACAGCGCACCCUGCCGAAACCUAAUACGACAACAUCAUCAGAGGUGCCACCGAUUUUGACACAUCCUCCUCAGCACCACCAUCAUCACCACACCCCUCCUCCUUCCACACCGUCUCCUCGCUCUGCAAAGCCUAUUCUUCCGCCUAUAGAUACCAAUGUAGGUCGUAUGCCUACAAAGAAUUUGCCCUCUCAUCCACCGCCUCCUUUGUCGCCUAUGAAGACCUCUAGCCCACCACAUGCCGCUAUAUCCUCUAUUCGCUCAAGUCAUGCAUAUAACAAAGACGCCAACCCAAACCAUCAUCCGCAUAACAGCUCUCCUUGCUCUUCCUCGUCUACUACUUCUCCUACCCAUACUGCUAAUACUAAUACUUCAACAACAUUGCCCUCCAUUUCUGACCAUCAAAAAUAA